UGCUCUGAGUUUUUCUUUAUCCUAGAGGAGUCUGUCUGUUUGUUGUCUAUCCAACGCUGGUUGCCAGCCAGGUUGUCGCCAUGCCAUGCUCCAUUGUUGGAUUUAUCCUCCGCCAGCGCGCACCCGUUGGAUCACCUUCGCUCUCAGUUUAGACCUCCCUUUUUUCAUAUGACCUUUUGCCUUUAUUUGGAGUCACGUCCGAGCUUCUGCUCCUGCCUCCUCUUUCGAAUUUGCGCCGCUUGUGAUCGCUUCCCCUGCUGCACUGUGGAUGUCCUCUCCGCUGUUUCGUUGUGUUCUGUCAGGGCGCCGAUAGGCGUCGUCUUGCGGAACGGUUUUACGACAAGCGAGUUCGUUCGGAAGUCGGAGCCGUGGAGGAGCUGAAAGCCGUGGUUGACAUUCUUGCGACUUAGAUCCGGGAUAGUCGAGGCUUCGCGAGAUAAACGAGGGGAGGAUUCGUGCAAGUAGCAGAAGAUUAUGGGUCGCACAAUAGACGUUCCUGAAGACACAUUGCAGGAGUCCGAAACAUCCAACGUAGUGUUAGAGCUUUUGAAACAGGCUGGAGGAUGUGUGGUGACUGAUGGAGGUUUUGCAACUCAAUUGGAACGUCACGGUGCAAAUAUUAACGAUCCUCUGUGGAGCGCGGUCUGCCUUAUCACUAUGCCAGACCUUAUCCGCAAGGUGCAUAGGGAGUAUUUGGAAGCAGGAGCUGCAGUAAUAUCAACAGCUUCUUAUCAGGCAACAAUUCAGGGUUUUGAAAUGCGAGGCUUGUCAACGAAAGAUUCAGAAGAUUUGCUUCAGCUGAGUGUCCGUAUUGCUCGUGAGGAGCGUGACCGAUUUUGGAAAGAGUAUCAAAAUAAAGUGCAUACAGGACCUGGUCAAGCGGGUUCAUACCAUCAUGCUCUUGUUGCUGCAUCCAUUGGUAGCUAUGGAGCUUAUUUAGCUGAUGGUUCUGAGUAUAGCGGAGAUUAUGGCUCAUUCGUCACAGUUGAAAAGUUAAAGAACUUCCAUCGUCGCCGCCUACUGGUGCUUGCUGAUGCAGGACCUGAUCUAUUGGCAUUUGAAACCAUUCCGUGCAAGUUGGAAAUUCAGGCUCUAGUCGAGCUGUUAGAUGAAGAAAAAAUACGGAUUCCAGCUUGGGUAGCAUUAAAUUCAAAAGAUGGCGUGAAUGUAGUGAACGGGGAUUCACUGACUGAUUGUGUUGGCUUGUUAGACAACUGCACCAAAGUAGUAGCAGUAGGCAUUAACUGCACCCCUCCUCGCUUUAUUCUGGACCUUAUCCGUGUGGCACGAAAGGUGACAAGCAAGCCCAUUAUGGUCUAUCCGAAUAGUGGAGAGCAUUAUGACGCCGUAAUAAAGCAGUGGGUGGAAUGUAAAGGAUCUACAGACACAGACUUUGUCUCACAUGUGCAAGAGUGGCGCAAGGCAGGAGCUCAGCUUAUUGGCGGGUGCUGCAGGACUACUCCCAAUACUAUAAGAGCCAUUUCCAGAGUCCUGUAUGAACACACUCAAGUGUACGCCGCUAAGUAGUCUGCAUGCUUACCAAAUCCGUCUUGGUUUUCUGCUAAUACAACACUCUUCAAGCACAUGUAGCUGUUCUUUAUUUUCGAAAACUACUGCCAUGUGGUUUGCAGUUCGACGCAUAGUUUUGUAAACUAUGCUCCACCAGAAGAAUUCAAGACAUUAUCUUUUUACGAACUUGAUUUGCUAGUUUGCAAAUUGAGUCAAGAUUGCCAAAUUUCGGCAGUUGAAUACUAUUCUAUUGUCCUGCAGCAAGUUACUUGAUCUGCUUAGAAUGUUUUAGUUUCCCCUUAGAGGUAUGGUGCGACAGACCUUGCUUGAGAAGGGACAAUGUUGUCAUCAAAGCAACUCCUACAUUGCUUCAGGAUAGCUUUGGAGGUCGUGAAUUUUUUCGCACUCCAUAUUAGCCAGGGUAAUCAUUUGAUUCAUUAUAUGGUCACAAUUUAUGCCCCCAUCUUAUUUUUAGGAUAAGAUUCAAUCAGCUGGACGUGUACCUUCAAGAGCUGGGCCUCCAUAAACGAUUCUACGAACCGGACAAUUUCUUUCGUAAAUCUGAAUUUUUUUAGUUGUACUUAUCUGGCCUUGAAAUCGAUUCAGGUUAUUUAAAUCUGGGGUUGUUUA